AUGACUGGGAAGGCGAAGCCGAAGAAGCACACGGCGAAGGAGAUAGCAGCGAAGGCGGACGCCGCGCUAACCAACAGAGGCGGAGGCAAAGCCGGGCUGGUCGACAGGACAGGGCAAACCAAAGGAGGCCACGCCAAAUACGAGUGCCCGCACUGCAAAGUCACGGCUCCUGAUGUGAAAUCGAUGCAGAUCCAUCACGAGGCUCGCCACCCUAAGAUCCCCUUCGAGGAAGAUAAGAUCCAAAAUCUGCACGCCACCGCGCCUGCUGCUGCUGUUGCCGAUACCUCGGCCGGGAAACCACGUCCUGGCGUCAGGGGCAGCCUCAAGAAGUGA